CCACGGUCCAUCUUCUCCUCAUUUCAGCUGAAGCACGUUGAAAGCAUUCAGCUCCAGGGAAGGAAAGAAAGAAACACCGAACCCUUACGGUGAUUUCAAUUCGCCAUGAAUCCACUUUCUCAGAGGUUACUGAAGAUGGUGGAUGGUAUAAAUUUCAAGGACUUUGUGGCAUUCUUAUCUGCUUUUAGCGCUAAAGCUACUGCACAGCAUAAAAUUGAACUUAUUUUCAAAGUAUAUGAUUCGGACCGUAAUGGGAAGGCUUUCAAUGAUAUACUGGAAGUCCUAAAAGAUUUGUCUGGUUCAUUCAUGUCUGAUGAACAGAGAGAGCGAGUUUUGAGCCAAGUUCUCAAAGAAGCCGGAUACACAAAAGACUCCUCUUUGACAUUGGACGACUUCAUUAAGGUUCUUGGCCAAUCCGAACUAAAAAUGGAUGUUGAAAUCCCUGUUGAUUGAAAAUGGCUUGAUGUAUUCUUUACUGUUCUUGAAAGGAAAAAAAUUGUAAUCUGUAUUCUGUAUUCAUGAGAUUCGUGUAAUAUAGCUCUUGUGGAAAUGGAAUUUGCACAAAUACUGUUAUCUCCUUGGGGUUCUUGACUUCUUGUAUCAUAGUUCUCUUAGGCCAAGUUAAGUUACUAACUCAGGACAGACAUACAGAGAUUCUUAGAGGCAGGCAACUGUCUUUGUAUUUUUUGUCCCGAGACACUUGUUAAGACAACCUUAGAGCCACUAGUUGAUUUCAGGUUUAUAGUUUAAUUUAUUUAAUUUUUCAUUU